UAGUCUCCAAGUCUAUUCUGCUUUAAAUUACUUAGAUGCUGUGCUUCAAGACAAGAAAAGAAGUGGCUUAUUAAAAUCAGGUUAUAAUCAGAUUUUGACCAAGCAUUUUGUAAGAUUACCAGUAUACUCACGGACAUGGAACACACAGGAUAUUACCUGCAUCUUGCCUUUCUGAUGACAACAGUUUCUUUGUCUCCCGGAACAAAAGCGAACUAUACCCUUCUGUGGGCUAACAAUACUACUGUCUGGGAUUCAGAUAUUCAAAAUAAGACGAACAGAAAUGAAAACAUUAACACAAACCCUACAACUCCUGAAGUACAUAAAAAAAGUAAUUCUACAAGCAUGCCUGAAAUAGCAACAUCAUCUCACAUCGUAUCUUUAACUCCUAAAUCCGAACUAGAGCUUUAUAUACCUUCUGUUGUCAGGAACAGUUCUCCAACAGUACAGAGCAUCGAAAACACAAGCAAGAGUCACAGAGAAAUUUCCCAAAAAGAUGUCUGUGAGGAAAACUACAACAAAAUGGCUAUGCUAGUUUGCUUAAUUAUAAUUGCAGUGCUUUUUCUUAUCUGUAUCCUUCUAUUUCUAUCAACUGUGGUUCUGGCAAACAAAGUCUCAUCUCUCAGACGAUCAAAACAAGUAGGCAAGCGUCAGCCUAGAAGCAAUGGUGAUUUUCUGGCAAGCAGUGGUCUAUGGCCUGCUGACUCAGACACUUGGAAAAGAGCAAAACAGCUCACAGGGCCCAACCUAAUGAUGCAAUCUACUGGAGCGCUCACAGCUACAAUGGAAAGAAAAGAUGAAGAAGGAACCGAAAAACUCACUAACUAA